AUGCCCUUCAAGUCAGAAUUGCUUGUUACGUUUCCUUGCAACUAUAUCCUUAUUGGAGACAUUAUCCACUAUAACACUAUUUUUCUCUUCAAGGAACAGCACAAUAUUUGUCAAGAGUUACAGCAGGGACAGAGAAGAGCAGCCAGAGGAUCUGCUGGAGUUUCUUCAGAUUUACACCAGCACAAUGGAGUUCAAGAUGCCAAGAAAUUCUUGCUUGUUUUUUGCUUGAUCCUUCUCUUCUCAAGAACUCUAUGUGUUCCUGCUCGCUGUUACCUUAGACCAGCCAGAAAAUAUGGGUGCCUUUCUGACAGAAACCUCUAUGUUUUUGGUGCGGUGUGGAAGAAUGAAGAUUGCUUCCAGUGCAGGUGUAAGAUGGGUGCAAUGACUUGCUGCAGCUUAGUUUUAAUGCCCAAGAAAUAUGAUAGAGUGAACUGUGUUGGCCUGUUCCACAAGAAAAGCUGUUCCAUCCGAGUGGUGAAGAGGACCAAUCCUGAGAUAAGUUGCAAAGUCGUCUACAAUGGAGUUGGAUAAGACCACGUGAUGCAUUUCUCCUCUUUCACACCUACCCCCGAAGCUGAAUACGCUCUGGAUCUCUCCUUUAGAGGAAAGCAGCAAGCAGCAUGGCUUCAAGAGAAAUGAGCUUGCCUUGUGCCUUUCACAGCUCUAGUUGUGCCAUAUCUAUCUUGUUUCUGACACUAGGUGGUUUAUCUUACACACAUUUGUAACUAAACUUUACCACAGGGUCUUUUCCUGUUGGGAUCCAGAAUUAAAUAUAUUUUCACAUACAUCAAAUUACUGUAGUGACUGAUUGGUCUCCUUGAAAACAGAAGAAUUCACUCUGUCUUUAAAUGUUUGUAAAUCUAAUUAUUGAUUUGGAAAUCAUCUAGCUCUUAAACAGGCAUUACAGAUAUUGUUGCCAGUCACAGGGAUUCAUUAUGUUAUUACACUUAUUGACAUUCCCCCAAUGACACGUGUACUAGAAGAAUGGGAUGAAACAAACCAGAAAAACAGCCCUUUGAAAGCCUCCCCUCACCUUGGUGCCUUGUGUAGGUCAGUCCAUUAGUGCAGGUGCACAAGGAAACAUACUCUCCAGGAGAUGACUGGUACAUUACAAAAAUGGCAAUCCCAUGCCUGAGAGUCCAGCCUACUGCAAAGAAAUGCCAUAAAAAUAGCUCUGUAGCCUUCCACACUGGGAUAGAAUUUCCUGCAAUAAUGUUGUUUGGAUCAAAGUCUACUGACAAACAGCCCCAUGAAAGCUGUUUUUAUAGGAAACCUAGACUAUAAAUCAUGUUUAGCCGGUAGACUUUAAGCAUCACACUGUGCCUGGCACAAAGUCCAUAAAAGUAGUUAAUAUGAGAAAUAUCCUAUAAAAUCUAUUUAUACAUUAUUAAGAGCAAUUAUAAAAAGAGAGCUGUACAGCUUAAAAGGCCCAGAUAAAUAAUUUGAGUAUGUUCAGUUUAUUUAACAAUGGCGUCAGAGCUCUUUUCUUCGUCUGCCUUUCCUCUACCUUCCUGAAGUCUACUACAAUUAAACAUUUCAUCUGAUGCAAACAACAACUUCUUUCAGUACCUGUUGUGGAAAACGACAAUCACAUGGUCUAUUUAAUCAGUGUGAUGCUGAGAACAUACAAGCAGAAAGCCUGCACAUAAUAAGGAAAACACCUUACCAAUUAUAGAAAAAAACCUUAUAUGGCAGUCAAUAAGAUGAUUCCAGGAAGCAGGUAAAAUGAGAAAUACAAUUGAUCUUCUUAAAUCUUUGGGCCUCGGGGUCAGUUAGAACA